GAUCAGAAAUGAAUUUCGAAGUCGGGAAAGGGGGAGAGGUGCGCAGAGAGAAUACGAUCUUUCCUUCUUUCUCUUUUGUGUCUUUUUUUUUUGGGAUUUUUCUAUAUUAAGGUAGGCGGUAGGCUGCGCUGAUUCUGAUUAUUGAGCCGGAUUGUUGUCAUUUGCAUUCGUUUCGAAAAUCUUUUUGGGGUAUACAGCGGCCAUGGCGUCCGAGAACUACACCGACAAGAACGUGGUUUUCCGCAAGCUCAGGGCGAAGCCUGAGAAUAAGAUGUGUUUCGAUUGCAACGCGAAGAACCCAACUUGGGCGUCGAUUACCUAUGGGAUCUUUCUGUGUAUUGAUUGUUCAGGAGUUCAUCGAAGCCUCGGUGUUCACGUCAGCUUUGUCAGGUCUACAAAUAUGGAUUCAUGGACUCCUGAGCAGUUGAAAAUGAUGUCCUUUGGCGGUAACAACCGGGCCCAAGUUUUUUUCAAGCAACAUGGAUGGACUGAUGGUGGCAAGAUUGAAGCCAAGUACACCUCAAGAGCAGCUGCACUGUACAGGCAGUUACUUACGAAGGAAGUUGCUAAAAGCAAUGCAGAAGAGGCAGGGUUACCGUCAUCACCUGUUGCUUCUCAGUCGCCAAAAGCUUCAAAUGGGUUUUCUGAUUUUGCCACCACUGAAGAGUCCAAAGCAGGUUCCUGGAAUGAUGCACCAAAGGAAGAUCCCUCUCAGAAAAAUGGUACCCCCGAAGCCUCGGCCUCCCCAAGAGCCUCUCAAGCCAUGGCAGCAAUCAAUGUUAGGAAGACUCUGGGUGCAAAGAAAACUGGGAGAACUGGGGGUUUGGGUGCCCGAAAGCUUACUACUAAGCCCAGUGAAAGCCUUUACGACCAGAAGCCUGAAGAGCCACCUGCACCUGUUUCUUCUGUCAACUCUUCAGCUGCUACUGCUACUGCCCCUGCUGUUGGCUCAUCAUUUAAAUCUAGGUUUGAGUAUACAGAGAAUGGCCAGCCUGCUGAGAUGGGUUCUGGUGGUGCUCGUGUUGUAAAUCAUAUCCAGCCUCCAAAGUCAACAGAUUUCUUUUCUGAAUAUGGGAUGGAGAGUGGCUUCCCAAAAAAGAGUAGCUCGAACUCAUCGAAAAUCCAAAUUGAGGAAUCAGAUGAAGCAAGGAAGAAGUUUUCUAAUGCAAAAUCUAUAUCGUCUGCCCAGUACUUUGGUGUGCAGAAUGCAGCUAGUGAAAUGGAUUCCUCAGUUUCCUUGCAAAAAUUUGCAGGUUCAUCUUCAAUCUCUAGUGCUGAUUUCUUUGGCCACGACUCGAGCUCCACCGUGGACAUUACGGCAAGCGAACUCAUUAAUAAACUGUCAUUCCAGGCGCAGCAAGAUAUCUCCUCUCUUAAGAACAUGGCUGGAGAGACGGGGAAGAAGCUAAGCACCAUCGCAUCGUCGUUGUUGUCGGAUCUUCAGGACAGAAUCCUCUAAUUGAUGAAGAAACUUAUAAAUUUGGUGAUGAUAGGGACUUUGGGAGUAAAAGAAGGCUAUCCUAUCCGGUCUUAUUACCUGCCUGUAGUAUUGUGUGUACAAAAAUGUGCAUUCUUUGUUAAGGUGGUUUUUAAGAUUUGGAACUUUCUAUGCAGAGAAAGAGAGACAUACAGACAAGAGACACAUCAGACAUAUAUAUAUAAUCUAAUAUAGAUAUAUAAUGUGUUUCUUUAAUGCAUUUGAGGUGAGAUUCUUCCUGGAGAUUGAACAAUGUUUGUAUUGUUUUUAAAUUUUGUAUUUAAUGGUAUCGUAUAUUGUCAUUUGCUGCAAUUUCAUU